AUGGCUAAGGGUAGCAAGAAAAAGCUACAGUCUGCGUUGUUCUCGCAGCAGACAAGGUUGAAGAAGAAUGCGGAGGCUAAAGCUGCGGCACAGGUCGGCGAGCAAAAGGACAGGGCGAAGAAGGCGGUUUCGACGCGCAGACCUACUAUCCCGUUCCUGCCUACGGAUCGCAUAUUGCUUGUGGGCGAAGGCGACUUCUCCUUCGCGCACGCCCUUGUACUACAUCCACCUGAAUCACUCGAACAUCUUCCCUCGACAAAUGUUGUGGCUACUGCAUACGACACGGAGCACGAAUGCUACGAGAAGUACCCGAGCGCUUCGGCACAUGUCGCUGCAUUGCGCGAGAAGGGCGCGACGGUGCUCUUCGGCGUUGACGCGACGAAACUUGACAAACAUGCAGCCCUCACCAAAGGCAAACGCUUCGAUCGCAUAGUCUGGAACUUCCCUCACGCAGGCAAGGGCAUCGCGGACCAGGACAGAAAUAUACGCGCGAACCAAGAGCUACUUAUGGGCUUCCUACGUUCUUCCCCGGGCGUACUUGCGCGGGGACCAGUCCCGCAGGUUGUCAAGUCACGAAAGCAGAAGCGUACCGAAGACGACGAGGACGUGGACGAACGUAUGAGUGGCGAUGAUGCGUCUACAGGCGUUGAGGCUGGAGGGGCACGCGGUACUGUGCUUGCUACAUUGCGAAAUGUCUCACCCUAUACGGACUGGGAUCUCCCGCGACUAGCUAAGAACCCGCCUGCGCCAAAGUCUAAGGAAACCCCUUUCCGGUAUAUGCAGCUGCGCUCGUUCGUCUUCAAUAGGAAAGAUUGGAAGGGGUACUCGCAUCGUAUGACCAAAGGAGAUCGUGUUCAUGGCACUGGAACGACCGGACAAGGAGGCGAAGAUCGCACUUGGGAGUUCUGCUUGCGCUACGAAGAUGAACAAUAG